AUGGCUCCCAAGGCUCGCAAAGGCGAUGCCGCCGCGUCUGCAAACGGCGGCGGCGAUGCGGGCGACGAUCUAAUGGCGUGGGUGGCGAAGAGUCGCAAGCUGGACGAGAAGCGGCGCGCGGAGAAGGAGAAGGCGGAGCGCAUGGCGCGUAUGCUCGCCGACCAGGACGACGCGGCUGCGGAGGAGGAGGAGGAGGACGACGAGGAGGAGAAAGGAGGAGGGUGGCAGCGGUCAUCGCGACCCGAGUACACCUCUCGCGACCUGGCGGGGCUGAGGGUGCGGCACGGGGUGGGCGCAGUGCUGCAGGAGGGCGCGGCCGUGGUGCUCACGCUCAAGGACGCCUCCAUCCUCGCGGGGGAUGAUGUCAAUCAAGAGGAGGACGAGUUGGAGAACGUGGAGGUGGCGGAGCAGAGCCGGCGAGACAAGGCGUACCGCGCUGCUAAGAAGACCACCAGCAUUGCCGACAAGUUUGCGGAGGACGAGGGAGAGAAGAAGCCCAUGCUGCCGCAGUACGACGACGGGCACGACGACGAGGGCAUAGUGCUGGACGGGUCGGGCGGGCUGGAUGAGGCCACUCGCUCGCGACUGGACCAGGUGCGCAGCAGGCUGCAGGGCGCAGCCAGCGCGCUCCCCCCUGCCCCCCAUGCGCUGGGCAGCACCACGUUCGGGGGAGGGGCGGAUGGGACAAGCUUCGCCACCCCAAAGGUGGCGAGCGACUUCCUGACGGCUGAGGAGAUGGAGCAGCGGCGGGCGGCAGCACAGUUCCGAAAGCCAAAGCGGAAGAAGGAGAGCCGAAGGCGACGAGGGGGGGAGGAGGGGGGUGAGGAGGGGGGUGAGGAGGGGGGUGAGGAGGGGGAGGGUGGAGCAGGGGAGGGAGGAGGGGGUAUGAUCAAGAAGAAGAGGAAGAAGGAGAAAUUGGAUUUGGAUAAGCUAGAGGCGCAGGCUCGGGCGGCAGGUUUAGGGAGAGGUUCGGAUCUGGGGAGGAGGGACGGGGAGGGAGGGACGGGGGUGACGGCGAGGCGGAGGGAGGAGCAGGCAAGGGAGGAGAGGGGUGGGCGGGCGGCGUAUGAGAGCGCCAAGGCCAAGGCGAUGCAGGCCUCGAUGGUUCUGAAGGGGGAGAGGGAAGGGGGCGCAGGGGAGGAGGGUGGAGUGGGUGGCAGGGAGGAGAGGGGGGUUGUGAAAGAGGAGAUGGAUGUGCAUGGGCGCGUUGGGGGGACGGGUGGGUGGGAGGAAGGGGGUGGAGGGACAGUGGUGAAGAGGGAAGAGGAGGAGCAGGAGAAGGGCGAGGGCGAGGAGGCGGGACGGGAGGGGGAAGAGGAGGAGGAAGAGGUGGAGGAGGGGGAGGGGGAUGACACGGUGGUGAUAGGCGAUGACGAUGAGGACCUGCAGCGGUCGCUGCAGCGCACCCGACAGCUCGCCCUCAGGCGCCGGCAAGACGAGCACGCCGCUGCUGCCAGGGCCGCUGCCGCUGCUGCUGGGGAUGGGGGUGGGGAUGGGGGUGACGUGGGGAAGGUGAAAGAGGAGGCGGACGUGGGAGCCGGGAGUGGUGCGGGCGGUGCGGGGGUGGGCCCAGCAGUGAGGGGCGAGGCUCUGGUGCUGGCGCGGGUGAAGCAGGUGGGGCGGGUGAGGAGGCGGGGGGGCGACGGGGAAGGGGAGGGCGUGGAGGGUGGGGAGGGAGAAGGCGUGGAGGGCGUGGGGCGCGGGCUUGUGUUCAGCGACACGGGAGAAUUCUGCCGCGGCUUGCAGCUGGAUGAUGCCACCACAGCAGCACAACAGCAAGGAGGCAGUGCGCUGCCGGCUGCUUGCUGCAUGUUCUCUGCGGACCCACCUUCUUGCUCGUUUCCUCUCUCGUCUCCUUGCCUGCUCCCUGCAGCGCUGGUGAAGCGAGUGAAUGCAAGGGAAGCUGCUGCCGCCGCCAAGGAGGAACUGGCUGCCGCCGCUGCUGCCCUCCCUGUCCCGCCCUCCUCCUCCUCUGCUGCUGCUGCUGGCACCGGGAGUGCAGACGGGGGCGGGUGGAUGGAGGUGAAGCGGGACGGGCAGGGCGACGAGGAGAUGGGCGAUGCAGAGGAGGGCGCGGAGGUUGGAGGCGAGGGCAAAGGGGCAGGCCAAGGAGCGGAGAAGGGGGAAGAGGCGGGGGCGGGUGAGGGGGAGGCGGGGGUGGAUGCGAUAUCGGAGGCGCCGGUGGGGACGGGGCUGGCGGCGGCGCUGGCGCUGCUGAAGGACCGCGGGGCGCUGAAGGGCGAGGUGGAGUGGGGCGGGCGCACGAUGGACAAGAAGCGCAGCAAGCUGGUGGGCGUGCUGGAUGACAAGGGCCAUGACCGCCCGCACGCCUUCAAGGAAGUGCGCAUCGACCGCAUCGACGAGUUCGGCCGCGUGGUGAGCUGCCGGAGAAGGGUGGUGGUGGGUUGCUGCAGGGUGUGGAGGCGUGCGGUGCAGCAGGGAGCAGGCCGGCAUGCACCGCGGAUGACGCCCAAGGAGGCGUUCCGCAAGCUGUCACACGCGUUCCAUGGGAAGGGGCCGGGCAAGAUGAAGCAGGAGAAGCGCAUGCGCGCUUAUGAGGAGGACCUGAAGCGCAAGGGCAUGGCGGCGGGCGACACGCCCAUGCACUCCGUGGAGCGGCUGAGAGAGGUGCAGGCUCACACGCAGUCGCCCUACGUGGUCAUCACUGGGCAUGUCAAGCCGGGGCAGAUCUCGGACCCGGCCAACUCGUUUGCGACGAUGGAGAAGGAGAGGGAGGUGGUGGGCAGCCUCACGCCCAUGCUGGGCCACGCCAAGGUGGAGCAGUAUCUGGGCAUCACCAAGGCCCCACCGCCCUCUGCGCCCGGCUCUUCCCGCACGCCCAUGGGCCCUCCACGUGCCAAGCCACCCCGCCCCUGA